AUGUGGCGCUGCCUGCUGCUGUCAGCGGCCGUUGUUGCCGCGGGCGGCAGCCAAGGUGGCUGCGGGCAGACGUGGCAGAGCCCGGCAGAGCUCGUGGAGAUCUGGGACAAGCAGACGCUGGCGUCGUUCUCCGUGUCGCAGCUGGCAGCUUUCCAGGCGCUGUCCUGCGGCCGCUGCCCGCUGCUCUCCCGCGUCUGCCAGCGGCGCUCGGGGUCGGAGUGGCGGAAGCUGGCGCUGCAGUAUGUCCGUGAGGAGGCGGCCUUGGCGCAACGGCAGGCGCGCAACAUGCUGCGCCACGUUUGGAGCAACUACGAACGCCACGCCUUUGGCAAAGAUCAGCUGAAGCCGGUGACGGGGCGAGGGGUGGACAGCUGGGGUGGCGUGGCGCAAACCUUGGUGGACUCUUUGGAUACGCUUUGGAUGAUGGGUUUCCACGAGGAAUUCCAUCGCGCUGCUGAGUGGGCAGAGGCCAACUUGAACUUCGACAAGGAUCUCAAUGUGAAUUACUUCGAGACUUCCAUCCGUCACCUGGGUGGCCUGCUGUCGGCCUACGUCUUCAGCCAGCGCCCAGGGCUGCUGCUGAAGGCGAUCGACCUGGCGCAACGUUUGGAGAAGGCCUUCCCUCAGCUCGCCUCCCCGGGCCCGGGUCCGGGCGCCGCCCCUCGCCGUGCUGGCGGCACUGCUUCCGCCGGCUGGGCGCAGUGGCUUAGCAAGGCGGCGCAGUUCCUCCAGCAGGUCUUUACGGAGAGCACGGAGGAGUCUGGCAGUGGCGAGUAUCCAGAAUUUUCAGGAGGAGACGAUGAACACGGACAGGACCUCUCGCAGCAGCUGCAGCUGCCGCAGCGCCCCCCGCGCCGCGCGCGCGACCCGCGGGAACCGCGGGCGGUGGGGCUGCCGCUGUCGGACGUCAACCUGCGCACGGGUAAGGCCCAGGAUCUGGCCGGCUUCCUGUCCCUGUCGGAAACGUUUGUGCCUGUGGAGUGGAAGUUCCUAGCGCUGUUAACCUCGAACUGCGAUCUGGUGAGGCAUCAAGACGAGGUCUUGGAGGUGCUGAAUCAGAGCGCCGACUUAGCUUCCAAGGGCCUGGCAGCCAUCCUACUGCAGAAGAAUGGAGAUGUCCACAGCUUCAACGUCAACCGCAUCUCCCUUGGGAGUCGAGGAGAUUCCUUCUAUGAAUACUUGCUGAAGGACAGCCUCUUCCUGGGAUCCCAUGGAAAUCCCAUGGCGCACGCCAUGUGGGCGGCCUUCCGCGCCAAGCUUCCGGGGCUGCUGGUGGAAGUGGGGCCCAGGUCCUGGCUGGAUGCUCGGCCACGCACCACGGCGGCUGGACGACUGGGUGCUGACUCUAGCAGUGCCCCUGCCACGUGGCAUCGCUCAGCACCUGCCUUGGACACAGCGGGUGUUGGCAGUGGAAACCCCGGAGAGUGGAGCAGCAUCACCAGGUCCAGCCUGGGCCUGCUGGCUGCUGCCGUCCUCGCCACGGGCAGCCGCAGCCUCCGCGGAAAGGAACGACGACGCGCGAGCACGUCGUGCCGCCUGCGGCGCUACGCGCAAGGCGACGAGCAGGGCGAGGCCGGCUUGGCGCUCCGUGCGCCGUCCAACCUCUACGAGCUGCUUGGGGUGGACGACAACGCCGAUUCCGAUGAAAUCAAAAAGGCCUACUACGACAAGAUGAAGAUCUGCCAUCCUGACAUCGCAGGUGAUGACGGUGAAGAAAUUUGCAUCCUGCUGAACGAUGCCUACGACCUCCUCUCAGAUCCCGAGGAGAAGGAGGCUUAUGAUAUUCAGCUACACCGCGCCAACGGUACUCAGAAACCUGUCCUGUUGCUGGAUCCUUCGCCACAAGAUUUGUCACCCACUUGGGACUGGACAUCCAAAACUGGCAACAAGCGGUCGAAGCCCGUGUACAACGGCCGCCCGCUGUCGCGAUCCCUGCAUCAUAAAGUGGCGCCGGAAGAUCAAGGAGUGAAGUGGGAGGAGCAGAAAUUCGUCUUUGUAGAUGAGUGGACGUGCAUUGCUUGCCGCAACUGCUGCGAUGUGGCACCCCGCACCUUUUGCAUUGAUGCGGACGCCGGGCGCGCUCGCGUCUUUGCCCAAUGGGGCAAUAGUGAAGAGCUGCUGGACUAUGCUGUGCAGGCGUGCCCAGUGGAUUGCAUCUACUGGGUCAGCCGCGACGAGCUUCAAGUCUUAGAGUACGUGACCAGGGACCGCAUGUUCGAGACGGGCAACUCAUUGCCGUGCUCCAUGGCCGCCCGCCAAGGCACAGGUGGAGGCCUGUCCGAUCCCUUCAGCAUGGCAUCGGACUUCCAAGCGAAGCUGGAGGAGGAAGCCGAACGCCGGCGCCGAGGUGGAGCACCGCAAGGCACCAGCGCUUCUGUCACAGAGAUGCAGCAGAGGAUCCAGGAGCUCUUUGGCAAACUGAGCGAUCGCCUGCGCACCGCUGGCUGGGGCUGA